AUGGGCGAUGUCCGGAUCAUGUCCAGGCGCAUGGUCCGCCCGAAAUCAAGCACCUUCCGGCCGCCGGAGCGUCAGCCGGAGACCAUCCACCUGACGCCGUGGGAUCUCCGGAUGUUGAUCGUGGACUACAACCAGAAGGGCGUCCUCCUGCCCAAGCCCCCCGCAGCCGCCGCCCAAGGAGUCGUGGACCGCCUCGCCUCGUCCUUGGCGCGCGCCCUGGGCCGCUUCUUCCCCCUCGCCGGCCGCCUCGCUGUCAACGACCACAGGGGCAGCGCCGGCCAAACCAUCUCGCUCCGCUGCAGCAACGAAGGCGCCGAGUUCGUCCACGCCGUGGCGCCUGGUGUCACCGUCGCGGACGUCACCGCCCCGCUAUGCGUCCCGAGGGUGGUCUGGUCCUUCUUCCCGCUCAACGGGGUGGUUGGCGCGGACGCCGCCGCGGGCUCCCGCCCGGUCCUGGCAGCGCAGGUCACCGAGCUCGACGACGGCGUCUUUGUUGCCAUGUCGGUCAACCACGGGGUGGCCGACGGGACAACCUUCUGGCACUUGUUCAACACUUGGUCGGAGAUCAGCCGGCGUAGUGUCAACGGCGACCGCGAAUGCGAGAUCUCCUCGCCGUUGCCGGUUUUCGACAGGUGCGUCGUCCCCAUCACUGUACCAUUUGGCAAGCUGGAGGACAUCGUGGGGCAGCGUCGGCGUGGUUAUGGCCAGCGGCCACCGGUGCAGGAAUGCUUCGUGCGUUUCUCCGGGGAGAGCGUGAGGAAUCUCGUGUCAAAGGCGAACGCGGAGAUGUCCGGCUCCGGCUCCGGCACCACCAUCUCCUCGCUGCAGGCCGUGCUCGCGCACCUGUGGCGCGCGGUGUGCCGCGCCUGGAGGCUGGCGCCUGAGGAGGAGACGCGGUACGUCCUCCAGGUCGGAUGCCGGGGCCGCGUGGACGGCGUCCCGGCGACCUACUCUGGCAAUGCGGCAGCGCUCGCCGCGUCCGAUUCAACCGCCGGCGAGAUCCUGGAGAAAGGGCUGGGCCGGGCGGCGUGGCUGCUGAACCGGGCCGUGGCGUCGUUCGACGGGGCGCGUGAGAGGGCGGAACUCGAGAAGUGGGCCCGGGAGCCAAGCUUCGCGAUGCCGCCGGAGUUCGUGCUGGGCGCCGGCGCUCGCCGGCUGCUGCUCACGGGGAGCUCGCCGCGGUUCGACGUGUUCGGCAACGACUUCGGGUGGGGCGCGCCGGUGGCGGUGCGGAGCGGCGCGGGGAACAAGAUGGGAGGGAAGGCGACGGUUUACGAGGGCGGGUGCGGCGCGGGGAGCAUUGCGCUGGAGGUGUGCCUCGCCCCGGACGCGCUCGCCAGGCUCGUCGCCGACCAUGAAUUCAUGAGCGCCACCGUGCCGUGA